CACCCCACCCCUCCUUUCCUUGCUGCUGUGAGCUCAGAGUCACUGGACAAAGUGCCUGCGACUGGGUCGGAGGCCUGGGAGCAGCGAUGGGCUCUGGAGGUGUGGGCCUUCCCAGGACCUGGGGGCCUCUACCUCUCUGGCUUCUGUUCAUCAUGGGAGGCAUGUCUCAGGAUUUCCCACCCCAGAUCCUAGUUCAUCCCCAGGACAAGCUGAUCCAGGGUCCCGGCCCCAUCAAGCUGAACUGUCAAGCAUCAGGACAGCCUCCUCCCACCAUCCGCUGGUUGCUGAAUGGGCACCCCCUCAGCAUGGUGCCCCCAGAUCGCCACCACCUCUUACCUGAUGGAACCCUUAUGUUACUGAAGCCUCCUGUCCAGGGACAGGCCCACGAUGACCAGGCCCUGUCGGCAGUUCUGGGUGUCUACACAUGUGAAGCCAGCAACCAGCUGGGCACAGCAGUCAGCCGAGGUGCUCGGCUGUCUGUGGCUGUCCUCUUAAAGAAUUUCCAGAUCCAGCCUCAAGAUGCAGUGGUGACAGUGGGUGAGCAGGUGAUUCUGGAGUGUAAGCCACCUCGGGGCUACCCAGAACCCACAGUCUCAUGGUGGAAGGAUGGAAAACCCCUGGUCCUCCAACCAGGAAGACACAACGUGUCCAAGAGUGGCCUGCUGGUGGCAAGAGCAAAGAAGAGCGAUGCAGGGAGCUAUAUGUGUGUAGCCUCCAACAAUGCGGGACAACAGGAGAGCCAAUCAGCCAGGUUAUCCGUCCAGGAGUCCAGGGACCACAAGGAGCCUCUGGAGCUCCUAGCCGUGCGCAUCCAGCUAGAAAACGUGACCCUGCUGAAUCCAGAUCCUAUGAAAAGCCCCAAGCCUGGGCCAACUGUGUGGCUUAGCUGGAAGGUGAGUGGCCCUGCAGCCCCUGCUCAGUCCUACACAGCUUUGUUCAGGGCCCAGAGGGUCCCGGAGGGCCAGGGAGCUCCGUGGGCAGAGGCCCUGCUGGAUGGUCGGCAGAGCGCAGAGCUUGGGGGCCUCCUCUGGGGUCAAGACUACGAGUUCAAAGUGAGACCAUCCUCCGGUAGAGCUCAAGGUCCUGACAGCAAUGUGCUGCUCCUGAGGCUGCCCGAACAAGUGCCUAAUGCCCCGCCCCAGGAGGUGACCCUAAAACCUGGGAACAACAGUGUCCUUGUGAGCUGGGCCCCACCACCUGCCGAAAACCAUAAUGGCAUCAUCCGUGGCUACCAGGUCUGGAGCCUUGGCAAUACCUCCUUACACCCAGCCAACUGGACCACAGUGGGACAGCAACAGACCCAGCUGGAGAUUGCCACCCGAAUGUCAGGCUCCUAUUGUGUGCAAGUGGCAGCAGUCACAGGGGCUGGAGCUGGGAAGCCCAGUAGCCCUGUCUGUCUCUUUUUAGAGCAGGCCAUGGAACAAUCAGUCCGAGAACCCAGUGAGCAAGGUCCUUGGACGCUGGAGUGGCUGAGGGCCACCUUGAGACGGCCAGAGAUCAUUGCCUGUGGGGCUGUCCUGCUCUGGCUCCUGCUGCUGGGCACUGCGGUGUGUAUCUACCGCCGGCGCAGAGCUGGGAUGCACCUGGGCCCAGGUAUGUACAGAUAUACCAGUGAAGACGCCAUCCUAAAACACAGGAUGGACCACAGUGACUCUCCUUGGCUGGCAAACACCUGGCGUUCUACCUCUGGCUCUCGAGACCUGAGCAGCAGCAGCAGCCUCAGCAGCCGGCUGGGAGUGGAUCCCCGGGACCCGCUAGACUGCCGACGUUCCUUGAUCUCCUGGGACCCCCGCAGUCCCGGCGUGCCCUUGCUUCCAGACACCAGUACUUUUUAUGGCUCCCUCAUCGCAGAGUUGCCCUCCAGGCCCCCAGCCCGGCCAAGCCCCCAGGUCCCAGCUACCAGGCACCUUCCAUCCCAGUUGACCCGCACCUCCAGCCCCUGGCCCAGCUCAGACAGCCUCUGCAGCCGUAGGGGAGUCUCUUCUCCACGCUUGUCUCUGGCCCCUGCAGAGGCCUGGAAGGCCAAGAAGAAGCAGGACCUGCACCAAGCCAAUAGCUCUCCACUGCUCAGGGGCAGCCACCCCAUGGAGCUCUGGGGCUGGGAAAUGGGAAAUAGAGCCACCAAGAACCGUUCCGAAAGCCCAGGAGCUGUACCCCGAGCUGUGGUUGCCUGGCGGGCGCUGGGACCACAGCUCCUCCGCAACUCCAAUGAGCUGGCAUCCCGCCCGCUCCCUCCAGUACCCAUUUCUGCUGGAAUCCUCCCUCAGAGUCCACAGACGCAGCACUUGGUGGAGCCCCAGGCUCCCUCCUCCGACCCGCUGCCAGCAGACCCACUCUCGGUUGUUAGCCCCUGCAGGCCUCCCAGCCUCCAGGCCUCAUCCCUGUCUGGUCCCAGCCCAGCUUCUAGCCGCCUAUCCAGCUCUUCACUGUCUUCCCUGGGAGAGGAUCAGGACAGUGUGCUGACCCCGGAGGAGGUGGCGCUGUGCCUGGAACUCAGCGAGGGUGAGGAGACCCCCAGGAACAGUGUCUCUCCGAUGCCAAGGGCCCCGUCACCUCCCACAACUUAUGGGUACAUCAGUAUCCCAGCAGCCUCCGGGCUAGCAGACAUGAGCAGAGCUGGAAGGGGAGUCGGGUCUGAGGUGGGGGGCUUGUUGUGCCCACCUCGGCCCUGCCCCACCCCCACCCCCAGUGAAGGCUCCCUGGCCAACGGUUGGGGCUCAGCCUCUGAAGACAACGUUCCCAGUGCCAGAGCCAGCCUGGUCAGCUCUUCCGAUGGCUCCUUCCUUGCUGAUGCCCACUUUGCCCGUGCCCUGGCAGUGGCUGUAGACAGCUUUGGGUUUGGUCUGGAGCCCAGGGAGGCAGACUGUGUCUUCACUGAUGCCUCCUCACCGCCCUCCCCACGGGAUGACCUCUUCCUGACCCAGAGCCUCUCCCUACCCCUAUGGGAGUGGAGGCCAGACUGGCUGGAAGAUGCUGAGAUCAACCAUACCCAGCGACUGGAAAGGGGGCUGCCUCCUUGGCCUCCUGACUCUGGGGUCUCUGCCCAGAGAAGUCGGCUCAGUGGUGCAAUGCCCAAGGCUGGUAAUUCCUCGUGAACUGUGUCCCUAAAGACUGCCAGAAAAGCCUGAGGACCGCCCUUCCUGUCCUCCCGCAAGGCCUGGCCUACGCCUCUCUGCUGUAGGGGUCUACCUUCUCCGAGCUUCAGGGGAACUCUGCUGCUGGGUUGUCCAAACAAAUGACAGCAAACCACAACAAGAGCAAGGCAAACCCUGCGGGAGCAAGGAAGCAUCUCACUGGACUCUUAGGACUCUCUCCAGCCCUUCUCACUGCCAGGACCUUUAACCUAAGAACAGCUCUGCUUCCUGCUCUCUCCAUGUGUGUUGUUCUAAGGAAAAUGAGGGGAGGUCAGAAGAAUCUUUGUGGAGGACCAUGGUAGCAAUGGGACAGGGCCAUGGAGGAAAGUGCUUCUCUCCUGAUACACAACAUA